AUGAAUGUAGACGUUUAUGAAAAAUUAUUAAUUGCUGUUGGACCAUAUCUAACGAAACAAAAUUGUAUUCGAGAUCCAAUACCGCCAAAUACACGUUUACAGAUAUGUCUUCGUUAUUUAGCUGCAGGAGACAGUAUGAAAUCUCUUUCCUAUGCGUUUCGAGUAGGGACAAGUACUAUUUCAAAAAUUGUGUUUGAAACUUGUAAAGCAAUUUGGACUGCAUUACGAGAUGAAGUUUUUCCACAAUUAAACAAUAACUCAUGGAAACGUAUAGCAAGUGAUUUUGAAGAAAAAUGGAAUUUUCCUCACUGCAUAGGAGCUAUAGACGGCAAACAUGUUGUAAUUCAGGCUCCUCCCAACAGUGGAUCCAUUUAUUAUAAUUACAAGGGUCAGCACAGUUUGAAUUUACUUGCUUUGUGUGAUGCACAAUAUCGAUUUAUCGUGGUAGACAUUGGAGCAGAAGGACGACAAAGCGAUGGUGGAGUUUUUAGAAAUAGCAAGUUGUAUACUGGAUUACAAGAAAAUUCUCUACAAAUACCAUCACCAGAAAUUGUUAGUGUUGGAGGUCCUAAAUUACCAUAUGUAAUUGUUGCUGAUGAAGCCUUUGCUUUAAAAGAAUAUAUGAUGCGACCAUAUUCCCGGAGUCAAGAACUUGAUCGGAAAAAAAAGAUCUUUAACUACAGAUUGAGUCGUGCAAGACGUGUAAUAGAAAGUUCUUUUGGAAUAUUAGUCGCAAGAUGGCGAAUUUUUAGAAAACCAAUUAUAGCGUCUAUUCCUUUAAGUAACAGUAUUAUACAAGCAACAUGCUGUUUACACAAUUUUAUAAUUAAUCAUGAAUGUAAUAAUCGAUAUUAUUCUACUAUAACAUCAAUUGAUCGUGAAGUUGCACGUGAAGCUCUUGAAGAUUGU